ACGAUUUGAAAAGAAAAAAGUGAAAAGCAAAUGACUCUCCAUUUGGUAUUCUCUUCUUAGUUCGAGUUAAUUGGCUUUUAUGACUCGCCUCUCACUUUGGUGCUAAAGAUGAGACAGAAAGAAGUAUUAACCAAAACCUUCCAAGCCCCUGCCGUUGUUUGUAGUUCUUCAAAUAGUCACAUUUACAUGUUUAAAAAUAACAAUUCAGAUUCAGAGGAACUGUCUGAAGAAGAACUAAAUGUGGAAUUGAGACCAAGGGGAAAGGAACAGCAAAAGAAUGCUGGAAGAGAGAGAGUAGGGGAUGUGGUAUUACUAGAACGAGAACUCACAGAAGAUGAUAACCUUAACAAACUGGCUCUUCAGUAUGGUUGUAAAGUUGCAGACAUCAAGAAAGUAAACAACUUUAUCAGAGAACAAGACUUAUAUGCUUUAAAAUCUAUAAAGAUUCCAGUGAAGAAUUAUGGCAUCUUAACAGAGACAAGCAAGGAAUUAAAACCCCUCCAAACUACAUCUUCUGAGUCUAGAUUGACAUUUGUUGAGUUUCCAGACUCAGAUAAUGCAGCUGAAGAGAGUAAUUGUGCAAAAUCCAACCAACUGACAGAUUUUUUUAAGGGGAUUGAUCAAGAUAUUGAGAGGGCAGUACAAUCAGAAAUCUAUUCAAAUCAAGAUUAUUGCAUAGAAACCCCAAACCAGCCUUUGCUUCCAAUUAGUCAGAAGACUCUAAUGAAUGGUGCAGACUGUGGAAUUCAGUGGUGGAACGCUGUUUUUAUCAUGCUUCUAAUUGGAAUUAUUUUACCAGUGUUUUAUGUGGUUUAUUUUAAAAUACAAGGCACUGGAGAAACCUCUAGUAGCUUGAAUACAACUGUAGGCCCCAAUGGCUCAAUAUCAACCAAUUCAAUUCCAGGCAAAGCCCCAGAACUGGAGAUUCCAUUGAAGACCACAACUUCUUCAGACAGUUUCAGACAAACAGGACGCUAAGUGUAUCUCUUCUUUAGAAAGCAAUGAAUCUGGGUCUCAACUCUAGUAAUUGGGUUCUCAUUGGGCAUGUGUUGAUAACUUUCUAUAGGUAAACAAAAUAAGCUUUCAGAUUCAUAAUGGAGAAUUAUGGCCAUUUACUUGGGUUUUGUAAAAGAGACCAAGACAAAUUAUCUGGCCACAUUUAUCUUUGUCUCAAGUAUAUAUAUAUAUGAAGCCACCUUUUUCAGGCACCUUAUUCCUUAGAAAACUUAAGUGUAAUGAAUUCUUUUAGAAAUUGGAUCGAAGUUAUCUAUAUGGAGUGCCAUUUUAGUAUGUAGUAUUUAAAUACUUUCUGAAUGUGUAUCUCCCACCCCCCCCAAGUUUUUUCUCCCUUGAUUGCAAAAAAAAUUUGGCAAAUACUAAAGGGGAUUAUAUAGUGAAGUGGAACUAGUUGCAAGUUCUACCUCUAUUCAGAAUGGGUAUUUUUAGUGUUAAAUGCUAGUAAUUAUUAAUAUUGGAUAGUAUUAAGUCCCUUUUGUGUUGGUCAUCCUUGAUAACCAAAUGAGUAACUUAACAGCAUGUUGCUAGAGCAAAAACUUUAUGCCAUCUGUGUGGGUAUAAGUAAUAUGGAAGUGUUUAUGGUAGUAAUUAAUCCAUUUGAGUUAUAUGGCUUUUCAUUCUAAAUUUAGUAGCUUUUCUUUUGAGAACCAUGGCUGAUUUCAUUACUGUACCAAUUCCAUCUAGUUCGUCAGUGUCUUGAGAACUGAUUGCAAUUUGGUAUUUGGGGGUCUGAUGGUAAUGAAGCCCCUGUUGUAGUUAAAAUCUUUAAGAUUAGUUAUUUGUGUCUGUGGUAUCCAGUGACUUAUAAUGGUAGAUUUAACGUGUAAAGAGCCAGGCAUUUGGGGGAGUUUGUAAUUAAUAAUAUUAAUACUUUGGCAAAGAAGCUACCAUAGAGUAGCCCCAAUAUUUGAUCCACUUUUAAAGAUAGGAAAAAACUCCCAAAAUUGUGGCAUUCACUUCACACUUGCUUAAUUACUUGUUUUUUGACACAUGUCCUGGCAAUUCUCAUUUAUAUAUGUAUUUUUAAAUUAUAAAUCUAAACUUCUUUAAACCUAUUUUUUCAUAUAUGAAGACUUUUUUUACUUGUAUAUUCAAAUAUAUUUAAAAUAGCAUUUUCCUAACCCCACCACAAUGUUAGAAAUCAAGUUCUCUUACUGAUAGUGUUAUCUAGCACUGGAUUAUACCUCUGUGUUAACUGCUGUUCAGUUUCCUCCAAGAGUUGGCUCUAGAAUUUGAAGUGUAGCAUCUUUUUACACGUUUUCAUUCUUUUGGUAAAAUUACAUAAUUAAGUUUAAAAACCAUUUUGCUGUCUAAAUGAUUGGGGGAUAGGGAGUAUUGAAAAAAACAUCUCCCUUGUAAAGUUCCAGCAAGGAUACAGUUGGUGUUGCCCCUCUUCUGUGGCUUUUCAAACUAGUGAAUCAGAUACUAAGAUCUUUUAACCUUGUUUAGGGCAGCUGUCCAUACAAAUAAGGGAGAGUAAAAGAAUUUAACUCCUUUCAUUUACCCCUUUAUAACAUGCAUUUCUAUAGGGAAUCCUGUAAAUGUUGAGUUGGACUGAUACGUUUUCAAAUAAAUGAAGCUAGUAUAAUCCUAAGUAUUAAAAAUUCAAACCUUCCCUAUAACCACUGCUGUUAAAAGGACAUGGAAAGAAAGUGUCAUUUAAGGUAUAUGUAUGGAUAAAGUCAAUCUCUGUUCUCUCCCUGUAAAACUUAACAUUUUGACCUGUACUUACUUUACCUUCCCUUUCCUUUUCUUGUCACACAUCCAUCCUUGCUACUGUUAGUGUUAGAUGCUUGGGGAACAGCUGCCGUCCAGAUAACAGGCCCUGUCUCACUUUUCCUGCUUUGUGCCAUGGGUGGUACUGAAUACAAUAGACUAAUUGCUUUGAAUCAGAGACUCUAGAGGUUUGGGGCAGCAGUUGAGAAUAUAAAAGAGAACUUCACAGGUGUAGUAGAUGUUGUGGUUAGUAUUAUUACUGCCAUGCCCAACAUGUAUUGACCCUAUUUGGUAGAACUUAAAAAAAUCUUAAAGUUCAGUCUAUAUUAUGUAAAGACAACAACCUGAAAUGUUGACUAUUUGUAUUAGUUUGCCAUCUUUGAAUAUGUUGGUGUAUCUUUUUUUAGUUUACUAGCUUUAGAAAGAUUAUAGCUCUUCUGACCUUUUCAAAGGUCUUGUUAUCUUAGAUGAGACAUACUCAAUAUAAGAAUGAUUGAGAUUCCCUUUAUCCUUUUUUGUUUGAUGAAUCCCUGUGGGAAUAUAGUGAUAACCCUUUUUCCUAUAGCAAGUUAAAACUGUAUUUGAGAAUUAAAUGUGCUUUCAUUUGGUAAAAUUUUGUUCAGGUAAAGUGAAGAGAAGACAUGGAACUGCUAUAAUAAAUGGUUUUAUUUUAUUUAACCAUAUAGCCAAAUAUUUUAGCAUGCUACACCAAUAAGAUGUAAUUUUUUUUUUAGGUUUCUAUAAUGCUUGUCCUUAUGAAGCACAUGAGGAAGGGUUUGGAGUCCUUCAAGGAAUUCACUUUUGCCAAGUGAAGACUGAUCUUUGCUUUGAUUUUAACAAAUGAUAUACCGUGACUUCUUCUAUGAGGGAAAGUUGGUUCAGUCUCUUCACCACACCCUCCCCACCCUUAUUUUUUAAAGGUUGAAAUUUCAAAUUGAAAAAGCCACUUAAAGAAUACACAAAAAAUGAUGAAAAAGAUUAAGAUUUUGGUGUUGCAUCUCUAGGGCUGUCUUUAAACUUCAUAUGUGAGAAAACGUUUGGCAUGUUAAAUGCAAUAAUAGGGUAACCUUCAGGACAGGUUUUCUUUUCCUAGUUGGUUGUGGUUUAUAGUGGGUAUGUAAAUACCUUGCAAAGUAUGUAUAAAAUUCUCUUAUUGGGUACCAGUAGUGUAUGAAAUAUAGAUCAUUUUCUACCCAAGAAAAUACAUUUGUGUGUUAGUGAUAUUAAUUUUCAGUGCCUUCAUUAACUUCAUUUUAGAGUAAUUUAAAAAAAAAUUCAUAGCAUCUAUGAUUAAGGAAUUCCAGCGCUCUACUUUGUGUAAAACUAAUUAAUCAUCAGCCCUGUCAGAAAGACAUUAUUCUUCUUUAAUAGAUGGAGAAACAGCAGCAUGCACAAGCCUAAGUUACUGCCCUAAGGUCAUACUGUGCAGCUUAUAGCAAAGCUGAGUAUCAAGACUUGAUUCUUAGGUCUGUUACCACGCAAUUCAGAAACCAUACUACCUCAUAGAGAACGUAUUUUUCUGAAAUAAUUUUGCACUUUAUUGUGUUGUAAAGAUGGCUCCUGUUUGAAUAAAACAAAAUUUGAAACAAAA